CCCAGUACAAACAGGAAGUAAGGCCGAAUUCUGUGGUUCGCAUAUUUUUGUGGAGCCUUGUCUCUUUGGCAUCAAAGAAACGAAAACACACAGACAUCGUCAGCGUGUAGUUGGAGGAGACACAAUUACAAUGUCCCAGUGAAGGCUGCCAUGGAAGUAAAUGUUCGUCUCUGGCUGUGAUGAAUCCCAGCGCCUCAUCGGCUCGAUCUGAGGGCCAGUGCCCUGUGGAUGAUCUGAUGGAUGACUGGCUCUUCCUGUCCUCUGAAUCAGUCCUGGAGCUGGGCAGUGAUGACCAGGGGGCAGAGGACAGAGGCAAACUCAGAUCCAAGUUGGUCUCAGCAUGGAACAGUGUCAAAUAUGGCUGGUCCUUGAAGCAGAAAUCCAAAUUCAGCAAGAAUUCUGCAGUGAUCAUGCUCGGAAAGUCGUACGAGCUCAAGGACAAAGAGGAGAAGGAGCAUUUCCGACUCUCCUUCGCCUCCCUCCUGUGGCUGACAUACAGACGGGGUUUCCCUCCACUGUCUGGCUGCUCUCUGACCACCGACAGCGGCUGGGGUUGUGUUCUACGUACGGGGCAGAUGCUGUUGGCACGAGGCCUGCUGCUACACCUGAUGCCACCAGGUUGGACCUGGUCCAUGAGCCACCAUGCUUUCAAAGAUGACAUGGACCUCGAGAGCCGCCCCGCACACAGCAGACAGAGUUUCCAGGAGGGGCCUCAUAAGAGGACACAGAGCUUGGGGUCCCUGCUGGACAGACCAGUGGAGGUCACACACAGACAAGUGGUGUCAUGGUUCGCAGACAGUCCCGCAGCCCCCUUUGGGAUACACCGGCUGGUGGAGCUGGGAAGGAGCUCAGGGAAGAAGGCCGGGGACUGGUACGGUCCUUCCAUUGCAGCGCAUAUCCUCAGGAAGGCUGUGGCAGCGUCAGUGGUCUUCCCUAGUCUGGUCGUGUAUGUUGCACAAGACUGCACCGUCUACUUAGAGGACGUGAAGAGAUUGUGUGAGCGGCCUCUCCCCCACCCCUGGAAGUCGGUCAUCAUCCUGGUUCCUGUGCGACUUGGAGGACAAGAUCUCAAUCCCAUCUACAUCACCUGCGUCAAAAAACUCUUGAUGUUAAAAUGCUGCAUUGGGAUCAUUGGGGGCAAACCAAAGCACUCCUUGUUCUUCGUCGGCUUCCAAGAUGACCACCUGCUGUACAUGGACCCUCACUACUGCCAGCCCACAGUGGAUGUGACUGAGGAGAACUUUGCCCUGGAGUCGUUUCACUGUAAAUAUCCAAGGAAAAUGGCCUUUUCUCGCAUGGACCCCAGCUGCACCAUAGGGUUUUAUGCUAAGGGCCAAACGGACUUCGAAUCCUUGUGCACAGCUGUUAAUAAGGCUCUGUCCACAUCUGCAGACAUGUACCCCAUGUUCAUAUUUGCAGAGGGACACAGUCGGGAGGAGGAGGGAGACGAUAUACCCACCAACAACUUCACCUAUAUCCAGAGGAAGCAUGAACGGAAAAGAGUCAACACAAGCAGCAGCACAGAUGAGUUUGUUCUGUUGUGAACAGAAGACGAUGCAGUGUGCUCUGAGGGCUGUUCACUGAUCAAUAAUCUCAUACAAAGGUGAUACUGUGUGGAAAUUACUGAGCGUCAGAACCAACCAGGUCCCUGUGGGACUCCUGAAAUGUCUUCUACAGUGAAGGUCUCGAGUAUCAGUGAAGACUACUGUGUUUUUAUUGUUGUUUUCUGCUCAUUCAUCUUUUUUAUUUGUUUGAGAGCAGAACAUUUAAAUGAAUAUAAAGGACCUUAAAGGCUGAAAGAUGUUUGCCUGUUGUCUCAGCCCGUUUGCUUAUCCAUGUUCUGUUUACUUUAAUCUGUUCUAAUCAAUAAAAAUAAUAUAAUAUGACAGGAUGUGCUGAUGCUGAAAGGAUUAGAAGAAGAAGACUUCAGUGGACAAACGGUCAAAUGUGAAUGUACUGAAAAUAUGAGCUGGAUUAUUUCUUAUUUGAAUAAGAAUGAUAUACGUGAGAAAGGAGCUUGUUACAAAAACAUUUAGUGCAGUGUUGGUUUUUACUGCUGAAUGCAGACUGUAGUAA